UAUAGAGCACUUAUUCGAACAUUUUACAUCAGUGUCAAGUUGAACUGGGUGAAGUAAGAUCAAAAAUCGCUCUUGCUCUUUCUCUUUCUAAAGUUGCUCGUCUUCCUAUCUUUGCAGUUGACAGAUUGUGUAUGAGAGAGAGAGAGUAAAAGAAUGAGAGCUGCCAUUGGGGAGUGAUAGAACCAGUAGUAGGAGAUAUUUGAGGGGGUGCAAGCACCAGUCUAUUCUCUCGCAACACCUUUUUAAGAUUAGGGUAUCUAUUGAGAAAAUAUUCGGAAGAAGAUGAAAGUGGGAGUGAUUGGGGGUGGCGUGAGCGGGCUCGUGGCAGCCUACGAAGCAGCGAGGGGAGGAGCGAAGGUGGUAGUGUAUGAGAAGGAGGAUUACUUGGGCGGCCAUGCCAAGACCGUCUCAUUCAACGGUGUCGACCUGGACCUCGGCUUCAUGGUCUUCAAUCCUGUUACAUACCCUAAUAUGAUGGAGUUGUUUGAGAGUCUUGGAGUGGAAAUGGAGAUAUCGGAUAUGUCAUUCUCAGUCAGCUUAGACGAAGGUCGAGGCUAUGAAUGGGGAAGUAGAAAUGGUCUUUUGAGUUUGUUUGCCCAAAAGACAAAUGUGUUGAAUCCUUACUUCUGGCAAAUGCUUAGAGAAAUCAUCAAAUUUAAGGAGGAUGUCCUUAGUUACCUAGAAGGACUUGAGAGCAAUCCGGACAUCGAUCGCAGUGAAACUUUGGGACAGUUUAUCAAGUCACAGGGUUACUCUGAAUUAUUUCAAAAGGCUUACCUUAUCCCAAUUUGUAGUUCAAUCUGGUCUUGCCCUUCGGAAGGAGUCCUGAGCUUUUCAGCCUUCUCAGUUCUGUCCUUUUGCCGCAAUCAUCAUCUGCUUCAGGUUUUUGGCUGCCAUCAGUGGCUUACCGUCCAAAGACGCUCACAUUCUUAUGUUGAUAAGGUCAGAGAUGUGCUCGAGAGUAAAGGGUGUGAAAUAAGACCAAGUUGUGAAGUGCGAUCCAUCUCCACUAGUGAUGGGGGAUGCGUUGUCUUAACUGGAGAUGGUUCUGAAGAAGUAUAUGACAAGUGUAUCGUAGCCGUCCAUGCACCGGAUGCUCUGAGAAUGUUGGGGGACCAAGCAACUUAUGAUGAGACAAGAGUACUUGGUGCAUUCAAAUAUGCCUACAGUGAGAUUUAUCUUCAUCAUGACAAAACUUUCAUGCCCAAAAACUCAGCAGCGUGGAGUGCGUGGAAUUUUCUGGGAAGAGCUGAAAAUAAAGUAUGCUUGACAUACUGGCUCAAUGUGCUUCAGAACCUGGAUCAGAAGGAUUUUCCGUUUCUUGUGACUCUCAAUCCUUCACAUGAACCGGAACACACAUUGCUUAAGUGGUGCUCUGGCAGUCCAAUUCCAUCUGUUGCUGCAUCGAAAGCUUUGCUUCAGCUACAUGAGAUCCAAGGAAAAAGAGGAAUUUGGUUCUGUGGAGCAUACCAGGGAUAUGGAUUCCACGAGGAUGGAUUGAAGGGAGGCAUGGCUGCUGCACAUGGAGUGAUAGGACAAAGUCAUUUUCUUCUUGAUAACCCUCGACAUAUGGUUCCUUCACUCAAGGAAAUUGGGGCACGCUUUUUUGUUACUGGAUUUCUCAGACGUUAUAUUUUUACAGGCUUGGUAACUUUAUUAGAGGAAGGAGGCACGAUGUUUACCUUUGAGGGAAACAAAAGAUGUCCUCUAACAGUUACUUUGAGGAUCCAUAGUCCAGAGUUUUACUGGAAGGUCAUGACUCAAGCCGAUCUAGGCCUGGCAGAUGCAUACAUAAAUGGUGAUUUUUCUUGUGUAGACAAAAAUAAAGGUCUUCUAAAUCUUUUUCAGAUUCUCAUAGCGAACAGAGAUUCCGAUAUUACCAUGUCGAAAUUGAGUAAGAGAAGGGGUUGGUGGACACCGAUGUUAUUAACAGCUGGUAUUGCUUCGGCUAAGUACUUCUUCAAGCAUGUUUUGAGGCAAAACACUUUAACUCAAGCUCGCAGGAACAUCUCCCAACAUUAUGAUCUGAGUAAUGAACUUUUUUCACUGUUCUUGGAUGAGACUAUGACAUACUCCUGCGCGGUAUUCGAGAUGGCUGGUGAAGACCUAAAGGCAGCACAGAUGAGAAAAAUCUCUCUUUUGAUUAAAAAGGCGAGAAUUGAAAAGACACAUGAAGUUCUUGAAAUCGGCUGCGGUUGGGGAAGCUUGGCCAUUGAAGUUGUUAGGCAAACCGGAUGCAAAUACACUGGCAUCACUUUGUCGAAAGAGCAAUUGAAGUAUGCCAAAUCAAGAGUGAGAGAAGCAGGGCUUCAGGACAGCAUCAAAUUCAUUCUUUGUGAUUAUCGCCAAUUGCCAAGUGCCUACAAAUAUGACAGGAUCAUUUCCUGCGAGAUGAUAGAAGCAGUCGGCCACGAAUACAUGGAGGAGUUCUUCAGCUGUUGCGAAUCGGUGCUUGCCAAAGACGGACUUCUUGUUCUACAGUUCACUUCCAUACCCGAUGAGCGGUACGAGGAAUACAGGCGAAGUUCAGACUUCAUAAAAGAAUAUAUCUUUCCCGGGUGCUGUGUGCCUUCCUUAAGCAGGAUAACAUCAGCUAUGGCCUCUGCGUCUCGACUCAGUGUGGAGCAUGUGGACAACAUAGGAAUCCAUUUUUACCAAACACUUCGAUGUUGGAGGAAGAACUUCAUGGAGAAACAAAGGAAAAUAUUAGCUCUGGGAUUCAAUGAAAAGUUCAUAAGGACAUGGGAGUACUACUUUGACUAUUGUGCAGCUGGUUUUAAGUCUCACACGCUCGGAAAUUAUCAGAUUGUGUUUUCACGUCCAGGCAAUGAAGCUGCUUUCACCGAUCUGUAUGCGAGUUCCCCGACGUCAAAUUGACAUUUGAGUUGCGAUGUGACUAAGCACGACCCAUUUAAGCCAGUUCACAUCUAAUUCCCUCAGGGCCACUCAGCCCUUGGUUUCUGAAAUUUUUCUUGCUUCUCUCAGUGUGCAAACUUCUUUGGUUGUGAACACCAUGUUCAAACAUGCACAAUAAAUCGGGUUAGAGAACAAUUAUUUUUUUA